AUGAGUAGCGACAGCAAUCAGAACAAUCCCAAACGCGCUCCCUACGUCGUGCGCGAGACUCCAGUACCACUCCCCUCAUACGCUGGUGUGCCCAACGUCCAGACCUCAUCUGCAGCUCCAGCUCCAGCUCCAGCUCCAACUCCAGCCCCAGCCCCAGCCCCAGCACAAAGCCAGCAACUCCAACAGUCAGGACCACCGACUGGUCAAUUACUUCAAGAUUCAACCCUCCCAACCGUGAAACCACCUACUGAACCCACAGAUAAUAGCAACACAAUGUCGUCUUCAGGCCGGCAACUAAGGAGUAGGCGAGCUCCUCCUCCACCCUCCGAGCCGCCUUCGAAGAAACGAAAAGCUACAUCAUCCCGAGCCGCUCCUGAACCUCCCCAGGAACCGGCCCAACUCGUCCCGCCACCCCUUCCACAAGAUGGAGAAGGACAACCAAAAGCCACCAAGGAAAUGCCAAUCCUAAGACCUCCUCUCCCAACGGGUGGUGCGUCGCCGCCGCAGCACCCCGACGAUAUCUACCGUAUGCCUCCUCUCCCCCCUUACCUUUCCGUUCAGCCGCGCAUCUGCGAGCCGGCCGACAACUACCGGGGCUGGACCACCCCCCUAGAAUUCAGCUACAAGAUGAACGUGCACCCGCUCACCUUCUACGGCUCCUUCGACAUCUGGUUCGAGCAGGUCCAAAAGAUGGCCGAGGCCAGCAACUGCUCGAUAGAGCUGAACACGCGCAUCGGCAAGUUUCCCGAUCCGGGCACCGUCGAGGCCUUUAUCUGCCAGACGCGCUUCCUAAGCUGCUGGCGGAUCCUACACGGCACCAUCUCGGGCGCCUACUGGGCCUACAUGCGCGUGCUGGGCUACAGCCGGAUUCCCGUGUUUACGGGUGCCGACGCCGAAGGCGGCGUGCAGUCCGCCGGGUGUCAGUGGCAGCCCCAGCCGUCGGACUGCGUCUACUUUGCCCUGGAGGUCAAGAAACGCGUGAUGGUGCCCAACUCGGAGCAGCAGCCGCGGUACCAGACGAUGAGGAUGGUGGAGGAGGUGCGGUCCGCGAAAGUGAUGGACUACCCGAGCGUGCAGCAGUACAAGGAGGGCAUGGCCUGGUUGAAGGAGGUGUUGAAUGGCAUGAUUCUCAAGGGCGACAGGCAGGUGUGCGAGUCCAUGUAUGAUCGGAAACCGGACUGGGCGCCGGAGUGGCCGGAGGUGCCGUCGGGCGGGGAGGUGGAAACGCCUUGGGCUUUGAAGGGAAGCCCGGUGCGAGUGGAGGAUGCGUUCGGCGGGCCAAACGGGACAGCUGGAGCAAGCAGCAGUUCGAAGAACGCCGGUCACAUUUGGCAACAACAACAACAACAAGAACAUCAACCUCAGCAACAAUCUGCUUUCCAAAUCGAUCCUAGACUGGAAGGAUCUUCUUCGAACCAACAACACCAACAGCAACAAAACAACCACGCAAUAGCCCGCCUAGCACCCAUGAGCGCCUCCUCCAGUGACGGCGACUACAGCUACGGAAACGACGGCUCAGUCGACUACGCGAACAGCACCAACAACUUAACCGCCAGCGCAGCUGCCGUCGCAGCCGCCGAAGCGCACGGCUUAGGUGCCCCUGGUCCGAGUAGAAGCCACCAUCGAGAAGAGAACAGCAAUAAUGACGGCAGCGACAAUAAUUUCAACUAG